CAAAAUGGCGGGUAUCGUCACGCCCAUCACACCUCUUUCAAAAUGGCUUCCAGUCUGUAUCUUGAUACGAGUGAGAACGUCAAAAUGGCACGAGAACUAGCUCUAAUUGGCAAUUAUGAAGAGUCAGAAAUCUAUUAUUCAGCUGCCAUUGGGUCGUUAAAGAGACUACAGAGUCCUAUCAGGGAGGGUUCGUCAGGAUUCAAGCUAGUAAAAGAGCUAGAAAAAGAACUAGAAAUUGUCUUAUCGUUGAGAUCUACUUUGUCCAGUUUUAAGGAUCGUAGACUCGAACAGCAAUCGCAGGACACGCCCAUACGUGAUCCAGUGUCACGCCCACCUGUACGACCGGUUCACAUUGUAUCGAAACACCAUCUGGGUGGGGGAGAGGAAAACGAGAAAAGAAUCUCCGAAGACAACAUUCAGCGGAAACCCCACGUCUCAAAACCUCCGCUACGUAAGCACAAUCCUGAUAUUAAUGGGAGAGGCUUCUCAAGAGGGGGAGGGCGGGAUCACGGAGGGUCUCCCCACGUCCGUCAGUCUGUGGGCGUGGCUAAGAAGCAGCCUGGAGGGGGAGGGGCAGGCCAGGACAAGAAUAAGCCCAAGAAGACCGAGAAAGAGAAAGAGAAUAAAGACGGAAAGUUUGAUCACCACGGCUACGAUAAAGACCUUGUAGAGAUAAUGGAGAGAGAUAUACUCUUACGGGAUCCCAACGUCAAAUGGUCUGAUAUUGCUGGACUCAAGGAAGCCAAGAGAUUACUAGAAGAGGCUAUUGUGCUACCUUUAUGGAUGCCUGACUACUUCAAAGGAAUACGCAGACCGUGGAAAGGCAUAUUAAUGGUUGGCCCUCCAGGUACUGGUAAAACGAUGCUUGCUAAAGCUAUUGCCACGGAAUGCGGAACCACAUUCUUUAACGUCUCAUCAUCAACACUUGGCUCUAAAUAUAGAGGAGAAUCUGAGAAACUAGUUCGUAUAUUAUUUGAAAUGGCCCGUCAUUAUGCGCCCAGUACUAUAUUCUUUGAUGAGAUUGACUCUAUAGCUAGCAAGAGAGGAAGUGAGAGUGAGCACGAAGCAUCAAGACGUGUUAAAUCAGAGCUCCUUGUUCAAAUGGAUGGGGUGGGAGGAGCAUGUGGAGGAGGAGGAGGAGGGGAAGACGCUAGUAAAAUGGUUGUCGUUAUAGCAGCCACUAACUACCCGUGGGAUAUAGACGAAGCUCUUAGAAGAAGACUAGAGAAACGCAUUUACAUACCGCUACCCGAUCAGGAAUCAAGACGAGCACUUCUAGAUAUCAAUUUGAAAGAGGUUAAGCUAGCAGAGGGAGUCGAUUUAGAUAAAAUAGCUCAGUCAUCCGAAGGAUACAGUGGAGCUGAUAUAACUAGCCUCUGCAGAGAUGCAUCAAUGAUGAGCAUGAGACGACUGAUGGAAGACAAAGAAAUGAGACAGUUAAUACAAGAGAAAGGGAUGAGCAAAUUAAAGGAGCGACCUGAUUUAAAGGAGAAACUAGAAAUGCCCACGACUGAUGAGGACUUUGCAACUGCACUCCAGCGUUGUUCCAAGAGUGUGUCAAGCGAAGAUUUAGCAAGAUAUGAAAAAUGGAUGGAAGAGUUUGGGUCUGUUUAAAUGAAUAACUGACACUACAUGUAUUUUGCCUCUUCACACAUUUAUGAUUCGUAUCUACUUGUAUUCCACUCUCUCUCUCUCUCUCUCUCUCUCUCUCUUUAUGAUAAUAAUUUAUUAUCUUAUUAUGUCACAUUAUCAUAUGUGUACUGAAUCCAUCCAUUGCUCUAACAUCAUUCACAACACCA